UCCCUGGACGACCUGACAGCGCCACCGCCGCGGCACCACCGCAGCAUCCCCAACGGCCUACACGAUCCCUCGGCCACCUACACCGGACAGCUGGAGGGCAAGGCGAAGCUGCUGGAGGGUGACCCCAAACUCGUGGCACAGAGUCAAAGCCGCCCUUCACAUCAACACCCCCUGGCCAGGACAGAGCACCCAGUCAGCAAGCAGGCGGGCCCUGGAGAGUUCCGGACGCUGAGGAAAGGCUUCUCCCUGUACCACUCAGAGUCCCAGCUCACAGCCCUGCCGCCCGCCUACCAGGACACCCUGGAGAAUGGCCCAGCCUGCCCCGAGCUGCCCUCCCCGCCCCCGGGCAGCUACAGCUCCGCUGGACAGAAGCCAGAGGCUGUCAUGCAGGCCAUGAAGGUGCUGGAGGUGCACGAGAACCUGGGCCGACAGCCCCAGGACAGCUGUGAGGAGGACCUGAGCGAGAAGGAGAAGGCCAUCGUCCGCGAGAUGUGCAACGUGGUCUGGAGAAAACUGGGGGAUGCAGCCAGCUCCAAGCCCUCCAUCCGGCAGCACCUGUCUGGAAACCAGUUCAAGGGCCCUUUGUAGGUGGCUCCUCAAAAGUGCGCAGGCCCUGGAAUUGUACAUAGGACGCUUGCCCGCCCCACACACCGUGGAUGCCCAGGCCUGCUGCAGCCCAGCUGCCCGGACACGUGUGGGCAGCUCAACUAGCCCCUUGGUAGCAACCCCACCCCGUGGGGCAGUGGCUGCCCACCUGUGGCAGCCCUGGGGUUUGGUGGUCAAAGAAAUGUCCAACCUUCUUCCACUCCUUAGCACCCCCCCAGCCCUCACCCCAAACUUCUCUCAGCCAGCCCUCACCCUACCUGCCCCUGCUUGGUCAUGGCCCAGCCUGAGGCUAUCUGCCCCUAUUUCCCUGCAGCCGUUCAUUCAAGGGGAUGGACACAGAAGCCCUCCCCCUCCCCCCAGGGCAGGUGCUUUAGCCAGCCUGGUGUCCGCUCUCCAGCACUUGUUCCUGACCCCAGUGGGCAAGCAAGAGGGGGCCCUGCCCGCAGGAGGAGGAGCUGUGUGACCCUCAGCAGGUGGUUUCUCCCCGGUCUCCCUGGUAGCCUGGUCUCAGCCGUGGCCUGGGGGCCUUUCAGCUGUGCAUGCCUGAGUCCUUACUGGGGGGUAGGGGUGGGGGUGCAAGGCCAGCUUGUUCCUUUGCACCUCCAGCAGCGGGUGCCACCCUUCCCCCUCUGCCUCCGUGUCCUUAGCACCCAGGGGCGCUGGAGCCUCUUCUGGCAGGAUCCAGCCCAGGGGGAUGAGGUGUCCAUGACUGCACAAACUGUGAAGGGCUGGGUGUCCUGUCUGAUCACUGGAGGCCAAGGAAGAUGGGGCUCAAAGGGGCACAGGGCCCUGUGGAAACCAAACCCUGAAGGGCAGGCCGUCCCUUCUGCCCCAUUGGGAUCCACUCCCGGUCACUUCCGCCUCUGUGGUCUCUGUUCUUCCCCCACCCUGUCUUGGGAGGGGACCCUCAGCCCGUGUCCAGGCAGGUGCUAAAUGGGUCCCUGCUAGGGCACCCAGGGGCCUGGGGGCACCAGGAAGCUCUGGUCAUAUUGUAGAAGACUCCUGCCCACACGGGCUGCUGGGGGAAGUGAGAAGAACCAGGGUGGCCUCUGAGGGGUGGGGAGUCCACCCACCUGGGUCCUGUUUGGCUCGGCUGCCACCAACAGUAAGCAAUAAGUUAGGGUUCCUGGUACUGGCCAAUACCCAAGGUCCACCCACCCCAUUGACACACCACACCCAUGGGGCAGCACCAAGAAAGGAGUGUUUUUGAGACCCUCCUGCUUCGCCGUACAGCGAGGGAGGAGGGGGCAGGCCUGCCUGUCCCCUGCUGCCGCCACCCAAGUUAGGACAGACAGAUGGGUCUGUCUGACUUACAAAGCUGCUCCAGAGCCAGCAGUGAGUCUGCCCGCCCCAGGUGCACAGGGCCUGCUGCUGAGGUAUGGGGGUGGUGGUGGGAGGUGGCUGCGGGCCAGUGUCUGGUGACAGCAGGUGGGCUGUUGCUGACCUUGGUGUCCCGCAGUAAGGGCCUGUCCCUUCACAUUCUCGUCUUGCACCCUCAAGCUGCCCUGAGACGACAGCCCCCUCCUGCAGCCGUGACCCCGCUCCCAAUGGGAACCCACCGAGCAGUCAGACCGGUUUUAGCCACACACCAGUGUUCAGAGAAAAAGUGACCUUUCCUGUUCCUUGAAACAAAUACUACUGAUUUUGUGUUUUGUAAGAGACUAGGCGCAGGGCUGUCUAUUUUCGUAUCUCGGGGGUUUGGGCCACUCUUUGGAAGUGGCCGAGUCUGGCUACCCGCCUGCCGGCUCCAGUGUUUGCGCCCACCUUCUACUGAACCACUUUGAUUGGGAAAGAAAUAGCCCUUUUUGAUAGUGUGGUACAGACACUGAUUUGAACUAUUUUAGUAAAAGGAGUAACUACGGUUGUGAUAGUGUCUAUUUGAGCUAGAUAAAUAAAGGCCUCUUUGCAAGCCUC